UCGACGACUAAUCUUAACAAUCCAAGAUGGCAGCCUGCAUGAACGAUUUAACAACGCAAAGAGCUGCUGAAGAAACAGUUGCAAACGAAGAAAUAACGAAAGUUUGUGAAUUAUGUCUCAAGGAGUCCUCCAAAUACAAAUGUCCUCGUUGCGGCAUAUUCUACUGCUCCCUGUCAUGUUAUCGGGGUGGGAAGCAUGCCGGUUGCUCAGAAAAGUUUUACAAAAACAACUUCAUGGAGGUGAUGAAAAACAAAAAGGGGAGUGAAGAAGAUCGUAAGAAGAUGCUUGAGAUUCUACAGAGAGUUGAUGCUGAAUACAAACCUCUGUUUGAUGAGGAAGGGGCGGAGAUUAAUGAAGAAGAGGAGGAGGAGGAUGAAGCUACUGAGACAUUGGCAGAGAGAAUGGCAGGACUAGAUCUAGACAAGGAUACCGAUCUGAUCUGGGAGCGACUGACUGAGAGAGAGAAGAGAGAGUUUGAGUCAGUGUUGCAUGCAGGCAGACUGGGCAACUUAGUGCCCAUCUGGAAGGCAUGGUGGGAACAACAUGACCAAAGCUUAGUCAAAGAAAUCGGAAUUGACCCAUCACCCCCCACUCCACCUCAGUCAACUCCGCCCCCAGAAAAGCCCAAAGAACCAUCAUAUGCUGAUGAGAUUGAAGUAGAUUUGGCCAAAAUGGCCAAAGAUUUGGGUUUGAAUGAUGAAGAAACGACUGAAGAAGAGAUUUCGAGGGAAUUAUCGACUACAUGCGAUUGUCCUCCUAUUCUCAAGACGAUUCCCAAAUUGAGUGAUUUGCUACGAAACAAGAAACCAUCAGAGUGUGUGAUGUACAAUCUACUGAAUCUCCUCUACAGCUAUGCAUGUGUAGUCAGAUUCUACAAUGGAACACACAACGACUUACCAGUACAAGUGGCUCAGAACCUACUUGAAGUGUCUGCCACACUGAGUGACAAUGCAAACUACAAUGCAAUGGAAGAAUCCCUGGCAAGUGCACUACACAAUGCAUCAAAGUCGCUGUCAACUAGCAACACAUUUUCCACCUCCAUUCUUCAAGACGUGGUCCACAUUCUCCUCGGAGCAGCAUCUGAUGCACCAAUCAGUUACAUCCAAUCAGCAUUAUCAGACUUACAUCAAUUAUUGGGAGCAGCAAGAAAACAGCUAGUCAAAAAAUCCAAGAAGUCCCCAAUGAACGGGGAUGCACAAGACCCCAAGCAAUCGACGGCUGGUCCAUCAGAGACCAAGUCACUGCUUCCAAAGAGUUGCUUCAAUUGUCAGAAGAAACUAGAAUUCUUUCUGGCUUGGUUAACAGACAAUCAAGACAAACCUAGAAUCCUGCUGCUUGAAGUGGACGCCAUGUACAGAUCAAGAAGAUUGUUGGAUGAGCAGCACAGUGCAACCAAGUCAACUCUUGAGAAGCAAUGGGGCGGAACAAAACCACCGGCAAAAACAAAAGCAAAACACACGCUCAUUGAGGAACUCAGCUGAAUGGUUCUUCUAUAAUCAUACUGAUAUUUCUAAUGCGCAAAAUGCCUAACAAAUCCUCUAUAGGAGUUGGAAUUGUUUCCUGCCAGAAACUUGAUGUCAUGGUUUGUAGUGAGCUAGACUCAGCCUACCCAGUCAAUGAACAGAAAUCUUAAAAUUGGAGAUCGUAAUAGAGGCGUAUCUAGAUGGAUCUAGUCAGCAAACUGGGGCUGUGUGAAGCUUUGAUGGCUUCUGUAUCUCAGAUGGGAAUCAAGAUAGAAAACAAUCAUCUCUACAUGCUGCUAGUAUGCAAUGAGCAGAAACAUGAUAUAAUGGCUUUUUGAAAGCAUCUUUUUUCCUGUCUUGGCCGUUUCAUCAGUUACAAUUUGCAAGGCUUUCUGGCAAAAUGAGACGGAACUGGGCACAUGCCACAGUGGAGAAAAAGGGAAAAAAACAAAUACGGCGAUUUGUUUCAAUUUUCAGAUUUAUUGAUAUUUAUUGAUAGUAUAAGAAUUGUGAAAUUUUUUUUUUUUAUAGGGAAAAACCAAAAGGCAUCUUUCUUUUUUCAUGAAUACAAAACUCGAAACAUUCAAGGCCUUUUUCUCAGUAUUUUACUUUUUUGACGGGUCGAUAAAUUCAAAUUUUCAGCAGUCGUAACUUGUCAACAGAAUGUCCAUUUAAAAUGUACAGCAAACAUUUUGUUGUGUCCUAAUACCCACAAAUCCUCAUUUCCACCUCUGCCUACUUCCAUCUCAUUUUGCCAGAAUGCCUCAUAUUUCAUUUAUUCGCUUCACGCCAGAUUAUCUUUGUGUUUCUUUUUCUUCUCUUUUUUAUUUUCACUUUGACCACUAGUUUUUAGUGGUAAACAAUGUAGGCAUUAACAUGCAGUUCGGUUCGGAAUGUCAAGUAUUCAGCAGUUUGAAUACAAAGCUGUCCUCAAAGACUCUCCAUUAUGUCAUUGCACUCAUUUGGAGGUGUACAGUUGAAUAUAUAUACAUGUAGAAUUUUUACAGGGCCAGAAUUGAGAUCGAUUUUUGUGGAAAAGAAAAAGAACUCAUUUUGAGACAAAAUAGACAUUCGUUGUUUUCUUCAAACAAUUCAAAUUCAUAUUUAUUUUUCUAUUUAGUAUGUCUUUACAAAUUUUAAGUAUUCUGAACGUCAGACUUUUUGCCAGUUUUCUAAUUUCUUAAAUGAAUGACAAAUGAAGAGCCUCUCCACGAAAAUGAGUCGGAUUGAUAAUUGGCGACGAGAAUUUUUUACUUCUCAUGAAUGCCAUUUCAAAUUGAAAAACACUAUACAAAGUCUUGUGUGGUUUGGAGUUCCUCAUUUUUUCCUAAAUUCCUAGUUGCAUGGUUGGAAAUAGCAUGGGUAAAUGGAAAUAGCAUGGGUAAAUAACCUUCCCAAUUUUGCCUUUUCGCUACUUAUUUACUUCUGGUGAUAUGUUCUGUUUUAUAGUUUGGUACAAAAACAAUCAAUUAAUGCAAGAUGCUAUAAAAGCAGAUUUAGUUUGAAACUUCACUUCUAUAUUAGAAAUCUAAGACUUUAAUAUCUGGGAAAUCAACAAGUUCUUCCUGGGGUCAGACACCAACUGCAAAUUUAUGAUUCUGGUUCAUUUCCACAGAGGCACAACUGAACUUAAAUAAUGACCUAUGUAAAUAAGGGUCAUGGAGCAUGGUCAGAAGCAAACCCGGUAAGAAAUAAAUAUUUACAAUUUCAGCAUCACUAUUCUUAUUCUACCACACAAUCUUUGCAAAUCAGGUUAUAGUUUUUAUUGCAUAUACAUUUGUUACACUGACUUUUGGGCUUCUUCAGAACAACAAACAUGUUCCAAUUUUUUCACAAGGUACUCCAUGCUGGAUCUGUAGAUGACACUCUGUGACCUAUGAUACCCAGGCUAGAGUAUAUCACAAGUCCAUAUUCAGUGUGGUGCACAACUAGUAAACAAUUGAAAAUAUUUAAUGUGCACAAACGUUUAGCCUUUUGAGGUAAGAGGAGCACUCCUAAGCAUGGGUGCACACAGUAUAGUUUACAUUAUCAUCACUGAGAGGUGAAGUUAUGCACAGAAUCCAUACAAGAAUGUGACAUUGAUUGGAGGAGAUCAAGUUUAAAAAGGCAAAAGAAAAAGAGUGGUGAGAAAUGGUUUUGUUGAUUUAAUCAUCCUAGUUUGAUUCAAUAAUGGCAACAUCAGAUUAUAAAUGGUUUAAUUUUGCCAUAGAUGGCCGUGUAAUAACUCUGGUGAUGCUGAACUCUGGUGAUGGUUUGUGCCGUGUUGCAAA